AGAAAUUACAGAAAAUAAUAAUAAUAAUAAUAAAAAUCUGUGGGGAUACAGAUAACCAACAAAGUGGAUUUCAGAAUCUCAUCAGAUUUGAUUUCAAGACUCCAUUUUUAUUAUAUUAUAUUCCUCUGAAAAAAAAAAAAAGAAACAAAAAAUCAUUACAACAUACAUAUAUAGAGAGAGUGGAAGACAUACUGGUGGGUGAGUCAUAAUAAUUAUACAUGUCUUGAGAAGGGUUUGUCGAAAAAGCUUUGAUUUCAUAUCUGGAAUUAAAAAUGGCGAUAGAUGUGUUGGAGAGGUCAGGUGGUUUUGAUGACUCGUCAUCUUCAUCUUCAUCUUCAUCUUUGGUUCAUGUUCUUGCUGUGGAUGACAGUCUUGUCGACAGAACAGUCAUCGAGAGGCUGCUCAAGACCACUUCUUGCAGAGUUACAGCAGUGGAAAGUGGGAUGAGAGCUUUGCAGUUUCUGGGAUUAAUUGGGGAAGAUGAAGAAGAUGAAGAUGAAGAUGAAGAAGAAGAAGAAGGAAGGUCUGGUAAUGGAGUUAGUGGCGUUGAAUUGAAGGUGGAUCUGAUCAUCACAGAUUAUUGCAUGCCUGGAAUGACCGGCUACGAUCUUCUUAAAAAGAUCAAGGGUUCAUCGACUUUUAGAGAAAUCCCUGUUGUCAUCAUGUCGUCUGAUAACAUUUUGGCAAGAGUUCGAAGGUGUCUGGACGAGGGGGCCGAGGACUACAUAGUUAAGCCGGUGAAGUUGUCGGAUGUUAGAAGAUUGAAGACUUCCAUGUUCGGGGAAGGACUAGAUAAAGAAAUUGUUGACAACAAAAUCGUGCACAAGGAGAACUCCGAGAUUGAAACCUCAAAAUCUCCGAAAUCCUCGUCUUGUCCUAACAACGUGCCCUCUAGCCUUUCUAUGUUAAGUUGCGCUCCCCCUCCUACAAGAUGACUCGAUUAAACGAGCAACAAGAAGUGAGCGUUAAAUGAAAAGCGAAAACUAUGUAGUUUUGCGCUUUAUCUUGUAAUUUUAAAAUUUAUUGCAGAUCAAAUGUAAGAGAUGAUGAUCAUAGAUGUAAGAGAAUUCUUUUUUAGCAGUGCCCCAUUCAAAAUAAACUACGAUUUACUA